AUGCAGUGGUUUACUGCCGACGGCUUCUUCGUCGCUGCUCCUUUCCAGCAAUGGCUCGCUACAAACAUCGACAUGGUCGGCGACGCGGACCCAAAGAAUGUUGUCGACGAAACGGCUGGUCUCGUAUCUGCUCAGUCGGUUCAACCGGAUGGGCUUCAAGAUUUGCUGAAUGUCAUCAAGACUGGUCCUCCUGCUGCUGCCGCUCCCAGGAAAAGGGGUUAG